UUCACUUCAUUUCAUUCAUUCAUUCAUCCUCUCUCUCUCUCUCUAUCUCUCUCAAUAAAAAAAGAAAGCUGAUUAGUUGGCAGCACUACCUACCAGCUUCCCACUCCCCUACUGCUACUCUAAUUCCCCCUCUGAUCUCCAUUUUCACUCCCUAUUCCCAAUUUUUCACCAUUUUCCCUCUGCACCCACUUCCAUUUUUGGCCUUCUCCGCCCUCUAUUUCACUUUUCCACUUCUUUUGGAAUGUGGGUUCUUACGUUUUCCUGCUCUGCUUUCAGUUUCUCUCGAUUCCCAUUAUGCUCCCUCCUCCCCAAUUCUCGGGAUCUGACCCCUGAGGAAUUUGGCCACUGAUUUCACCUCUUCCCCUUCCACCCCUUUUGCCCAUUUUGCUCACUGCUGUAAAUUCUUGCUCUUGGAUUCCCAAUUCUUGUUCUCUGUACAUCACUCUUUGAACCCACAAAUUAAGGUUCAAAGUUGGAGCUAGCUCGGACUUGUAUUGGCUCUGUCUUGUUUCACUUACGUUUCCCAUUGGAGAUUUUGGGUUUUGGGCUCUUUGGUUGGCUUGAGGAGCAAUGCAGGUAACCUGUUUGAUAGUUUUCCUGUUGUUCUUGUUUGUGAAUGUUUUGGGACAGUCUGAUUUUGAUGCACUUUUGGAGGUCAAGAAAGGCAUUGUUAAGGACCCUUCUGGGCAGCUUGAUUCAUGGGAAUCUCUCUCCCUGGAUUCUAAUGGCUGCCCCAGUAAUUGGUUUGGAGUUGUUUGUGUCAAUGGCCGUGUCACUUCUCUUGUUCUUGAUAAUGCUGGUCUAGUCGGUGAGUUUAGUUUUGCUGCCAUUGGUGGUCUUUCUAUGCUUCAUAACUUGUCACUUUCAGACAACCAGUUCACUGGGACUAUAGUGAAACUUGGUUUGUUCAAGUCACUUGAAUUCUUGGAUCUAUCUCGCAACAAGUUUCGCGGUUCGGUACCCGAGUUGUUGUUCGGUUUAAGUAACUUGGCGUUCCUUGAUCUCUCUUCAAACCAAUUUGAUGGGGCUUUCCCUUCUGGUUUUAGUAAGCUGGAGAAGUUGGAGUAUGUUGACUUGCGGGGUAAUGGCUUUUCGGGGGAUAUCACACGGCUUUUGUCUCAAAUGGGUAGUGUUGUACAUGUUGACUUGAGUAGUAAUCAGUUUACCGGUUCGAUGGACGCGGGAGUUGGGAAUCCGUCUUUCAUCUCGUCAGUUCAAUAUCUCAAUAUUAGUUAUAAUCUCUUGACUGGAGUGCUCUUUCCUCAUGAUGGGAUGCCAUAUUUUGAUAGCUUGGAGGUUUUUGAUGCCAGUAACAAUCAGUUUGUUGGCACCAUACCUUCCUUCAAUUUUGUGGUCUCCCUACGGAUACUUCGACUUGGAAGCAACAAGUUAUCGGGGUCGCUUCCAGGAGGUCUCUUACGUGAGAGCUCGAUGCUGUUGACUGAACUGGAUCUUAGCCUUAACCAGCUUCAAGGUCCAAUUGGGAGUAUUACUUCAACAACUCUGAAGAAGCUUAAUAUAUCUUCAAACAAAUUGACGGGUUCCUUGCCUGCUAAUGUUGGGCAUUGUGCUGUCAUAGAUCUCAGUAAUAAUACGCUGUCGGGUAAUCUGUCUCGGAUUCAGAGUUGGGGAAAUUAUGUGGAAGUUAUUCAGUUGAGUUCAAAUUCGUUGACUGGAACAAUGCCAAACAAAUCUUCUCAAUUCUUGAGGCUAACUUCAUUGAAAGUCUCCAACAACUUAUUGGAGGGUGUUCUUCCGACCGUGUUGGGUACAUAUCCCGAACUUGAGGUUAUUGAUUUAAGCCAUAACCGACUUAACGGUCCCGUUCCUUCUUCCCUUUUUCACUCAUUGAAGUUGACUUAUCUUAAUCUUGCGGGCAACAAUUUCACCAGUUCGAUACCACUCUCUGAUGGUAUAGAUUCAACUUCAAGUUCUUCUUUACAAAAUUCGAGCCUGACAUCUCUCGAUCUGUCACAUAACUCAUUGACCGGUCACUUACCUUCAGAGUUGAGUAAGUUCCAAAGCUUGGUGUAUCUCAAUCUAUCCCGAAAUUAUUUCGACGGUGUCAUCCCGAAUAACCUUCCAAAUAGUUUGAAUGGGUUUGACGUGUCGUUUAAUAAUCUUUCGGGUGAAGUUCCUGGGAACUUGAGGAGGUUUUCGGAGUCGGCAUUCCAUCCUGGAAAUUCCUUACUGAUUUUUCCUUCUUCCUCAUCAACUCCAAAAGACUUCCCUGGUCUAUCUUCUACCAUGAACCGGUCUCGUAUGAAACCGGUCGUUAGAAUCGUCCUCAUUGCAGGCCYGAUUGUAGUUGCUGCAUUGGUAGUUAUUUUUUGCAUUAUGUUAUAUUACAGGGCUCAAAAGUUGGAUCGAACGACAACUUCAACCAAUGAUGGAAAGGAAGGUGCCUUGGAAGAAGCUUCUUCUGUUAUUCAUCAAUCCGAAACCGAUAAAAAGAAGAAUGCAUCAAUGCCUUCKUCUGGUUUUCGUCAAGAUCUUCUGCCAUCUCACCGGGGGGAGGGUCAUGUUGGUGGCGACAUGUGGUCAGUUUCAGACAAGGCUAGAGAUAUUGGCUAUCAUGAACCAAUAGGAAAAGGGGAAGGGAUGUCCUCUCCCAUGUCUCUUAUGUCAUCUUCAAAUCCAUCACCUUCGAAAAGCCGGCAACAUCCCGAUAAUCCCCGGACACUCAAAGUUCACUCUCCGGAUAAACUGGCUGGGGAUCUACAUCUUUUUGAUGGCUCCUUGGCGUUCACAGCGGAAGAACUUUCACGUGCUCCUGCAGAAAUUGUAGGGAAAAGUUGCCACGGGACGUUGUAUAAGGCAACGCUCGACUCUGGACAUGUAUUGGCUGUCAAAUGGCUGAGGGAGGGAAUGGCAAAAGGAAAAAAGGAAUUUGCAAGAGAGGUGAAGAAACUCGGGAGUAUUAAACACCCGAAYUUAGUUUCCGUAAACGGAUACUAUUGGGGCCCGAGGGAUCACGAGAAGCUUGUUAUAUCAACUUUUAUAAAUGCACAGUCUUUGGCUUUCUAUCUUCAAGAGACGGAGAGAGGAGGAGUCUUACCAUUAUCUCUACCGGACCGUCUUAAAGUUGCUUUGGACAUAGCUCGAUGUCUAAACUACUUCCAUAACGAGAAGGCAAUCCCGCAUGGCAACCUGAAAUCCUCAAACAUUUUGUUAGAAACUUCGACUAUGAAUGCACGACUUACAGAUUACAGUCUCCACCGCAUACUAACCCCGGCUGGCACAGCAGAGCAAGUUUUGAAUGCAGGUGCUUUAGGCUAUCGGCCACCCGAAUUCGCAAGCUCAAGCAAGCCAUGUCCAUCCCUGAAGAGUGAUGUCUAUGCCUUUGGAGUCAUCUUGUUGGAGCUCCUAACAGGAAGAAGUUCAGGGGAAAUAGUUUGUGGGAUCCCGGGAGUUGUUGAUCUAACAGACUGGGUGAGGUUCUUAGCCCGAGAAAACCGUUUCGACGAGUGCAUUGACAGGAUGAUUCUCGACAUCGACAGUGACGAGCAGCUGCCUAAACAACUCGAAGAUAUGCUUCAGAUGGCUCUAAGAUGCACUCUACCAGCAGCUGAGAGACCUGACAUGAAAACUGUCUAUGAAGAUCUUUCAGUGAUUGUGCAGUAGAAUUGGUACAGAAGCUCUAACAUCAAGUUUUUUUAUUGCUAACACCAUUGUUUUCAAUUAUCAAUAAGCAGUCAUUUUUGUCGAUUUUUGUCGAUUUUGCGCUGUGUUUUCAAGUCGAUCCGCGAUGUAAUUUGUUCUAUAAACUAGUACAUAAUCCCAUAAUUCAUUAGCUGGAGUUUGUAUUUACAGUUCAUGAAGGAAUUGGAAUUUGGUUUAGGCUA